AUGUAAAGGUAGUAGUCUUAUUUUAACAGCUACACCAAUGAUGAGGACUGUGAUCUUCAUUCAUUCAGUAUGGAUGAUAGAGAUCAUGACAGACACAGAUUUAAUAUGAAUCUAGAAAAUGAACCACUCUGGGACAAGCAAGAUCAGGAUGAAUUCGAUCUUGCAGCUAUAUAAUCACCUCAUCAGUAGGAGAUUAAUCAAAAUCAAAACAUUUGCUAUUGCUUCAUGUGCCCCAAUAGUUAACAUCACAAUCACGAAGGAUACCUGGACGAUGAUGAUAGAACUUACUUUGACCCUAGAGAGCCAUCUACAGAGUUUUAAGACUACUUCGGUGAACUCUCUGAUGAACCACAAGAGGAUGAUUGCAAUUGCGGUUGUGGCAGAGAUUAAGACAUGGAAGUUGAUCAUGGGUUAGACUCAACUUUCCAUACAUUCUUAGGUGAAAAGGAAUUAAACUCUCAGACUUUGACUCAACUAGAAGUUGAUUAAAUGAUGGAAGGCUACGAUAUAUUUAAUGAAGAUUCACUAUGCCUUAAUACUUAUGCUCAAUUACAGGAUCUUUCUGAGACUUCCUCAAUAGCUGAUAGUAUUUUCAAAAACGAAUCUAAGAUACGUGUAAAAUUCAAAAACUAAGGCUACCUCAGUAAAUAAUAUCUUGAAUUUCAUAAUCAAAAUGCCAGCAACAGGAGACUAAGCUUUAACUAUAAUAAUAGUACUCUCUUAGAAGAGGAAAAAUUGUUGUUCAAUAACUGCUUCAACGAAUUUUAAAAUGGAGAGUUCAUUUAUGAUCACAAUGAUCCAGAGGGGUAAAUCACCAAUUUGGGAUUCGGAAGUCGAAGAAUUAUAGAAGUCAACCCUUACGAGAUGAGUAGGGAUGAAAUCAGACAAAGAUAGAGCCAAAUGUUUGAGGAAGAGAAGAUUCCCAAGCCAGUCUUUGAAGCUCGAAACCCGACAUAGGAAUAUUUUGAGCAAUUGGACUAAGCUUUAAUAGCUAAUUCAAAUGCACCUCCGACAAAUUCUCAUGCCUAAAAUGACAAAUAUUACAAGAAGUUCGACUUCUUCUACAAGAGAACCUGCUUCAGACUCAUGAGUGAGUACUUCAAGCACCUGUUCUCCCCCUAUUAGAAAAUUUGGGUUGACCUCAGAAAAAAGACCUCAAUUCAGAAAUUAUUAGUAAACUUUGCUAAUGAAUACUUUGGAGAGUUCCUUGAAAGCGUUCCCUCCGGAUUCAGACAAGAAUUCUUAGCCUAACUCACAGGCUUGGUGCAUUCUCACAGACACAACAAGAAGGAGGAGCAAUUCAUCGUUGAGAAGCCCAUUGAUUUCGACAUUAUCAGAGAUACUAUGUAUAAGUACAGCAAGAAAGCUCAGGAGAAGUUCUUCAACAUCCCUAUUCUAUGCUAUUUCUUCAUCUGGUUUGCUCAAAGUGAAGAUGGUCUCUUGUUUACUGAGGAAAAGUUUGCAGAUAAAGGACCAGAGUACAUCGAAAGAAUGAGACAAGAACUAGAUGAACUUAAAAUCGAAGCCAUCAAAAGUCUUCAGAAGAAAAAUAACAACUAAUGCACAAUGCUUAUCCAGAAUCUAAAACUAUGA